AUGGUAUUUGUACAGAAACCUUUUGAUGAUCUUACUGUUAACUCCUCUCAGAAGAAAAGAGUCGCGUACUUUUAUGACGCUGAUGUAGGGAACUACGCUUAUGGAGCAGGUCAUCCUAUGAAGCCCCAUAGAAUAAGAAUGACACACUCAUUAAUAAUGAAUUAUGGCUUGUAUAAGAAAAUGGAAAUAUACAGGGCAAAGCCUGCUACAAAGCAAGAGAUGUGUCAGUUUCAUACAGAUGAGUACAUUGAUUUUCUAUCUCGUGUAACUCCAGAUAACCUAGACAUGUUUCAAAAAGAAAGUGUAAAAUUUAACGUUGGUGAUGAUUGUCCCGUAUUUGAUGGUUUAUAUGAGUAUUGUAGCAUAUCUGGUGGUGGUUCUAUGGAAGGUGCAGCUCGUUUAAACCGCGGCAAAUGCGACGUUGCUAUUAACUAUGCAGGCGGUCUACAUCAUGCUAAAAAAUCUGAAGCUUCUGGUUUUUGUUACUUGAACGACAUUGUCUUAGGUAUCAUUGAAUUGUUGAGAUAUCAUCCAAGAGUUCUUUACAUAGAUAUCGAUGUACAUCAUGGUGAUGGUGUUGAGGAGGCUUUUUAUACUACUGAUCGUGUUAUGACAUGCUCUUUCCACAAAUACGGUGAAUUUUUCCCCGGUACUGGUGAACUGAGGGAUACCGGUGUUGGAAAAGGUAAGUAUUAUUCCGUGAAUGUGCCAUUGAGGGAUGGUAUUGAUGACGCAACCUAUAAAUCUGUUUUUGAACCUGUCAUUGGAAAAAUUAUGGAAUGGUAUCAACCAUCUGCAGUAGUUUUGCAGUGUGGAGGAGAUUCUCUUUCUGGUGAUCGUUUAGGUUGCUUCAAUUUAUCCAUGAGAGGGCAUGCGAACUGUGUGAACUAUGUCAAAUCCUUUGGCAUUCCAAUGAUGGUUGUCGGUGGAGGUGGUUAUACGAUGAGAAACGUUGCCCGUACUUGGGCUUUUGAAACAGGUUUACUAAACAAUAUCGUCUUAGAUGAAGAGCUACCAUACAAUGAUUAUUACGAGUACUAUGGGCCAGAUUAUAAAUUGGACGUUAGGCCUUCUAAUAUGUUCAAUGUAAAUAGUCCAGAAUAUUUGGAUAAAGUCCUAAUGGCUAUAAUAAACAAUCUAGAACACACAAAAUAUGCUCCUAGUGUUCAAUUAAAUCAUGUGCCUAGAGAUCCUGAAGAUCUAGGUGAUGUCGAAGAAGAUACGCAUGAAGCUAAGGACACUCUUGGUGGUUCACAAUUCGCCAGAGAUCAAAUUGUAGAAAAAGAAAAUGAAUUCUAUUGA